CUUCCGGUCGCGGCUCAAUUCUCCCGCCUCCGCCUUAGUCGCGCUCGUGGUCGUCCCGCAAUGGCUCUCUCACGGGGGCUUCCCCGCGAGCUGGCGGAGGCCGUGGCUCGUGGCCGAGUGCUGGUGGUGGGCGCGGGUGGCAUUGGCUGUGAGCUUCUCAAGAACCUCGUGCUUACCGGGUUCACCCACAUCGACCUGAUUGAUCUGGAUACUAUUGAUGUCAGCAACCUCAACAGACAGUUUUUAUUUCAAAAGAAACAUGUUGGAAGAUCAAAGGCGCAGGUUGCCAAAGAAAGUGUACUGCAGUUUUACCCGAAAGCUAAUAUCAUAGCCUACCAUGACAGCAUCAUGAACCCUGACUAUAAUGUGGAAUUUUUCCGACAAUUUAUAUUGGUUAUGAAUGCUUUAGAUAACAGAGCUGCCCGAAACCAUGUUAAUAGAAUGUGUCUGGCGGCUGAUGUUCCUCUUAUUGAGAGUGGAACUGCUGGGUAUCUUGGGCAAGUGACUACUAUUAAAAAGGGUGUGACUGAGUGUUACGAAUGUCAUCCCAAACCAACUCAGCGAACUUUUCCUGGCUGUACAAUUCGUAACACACCUUCAGAACCUAUUCAUUGCAUCGUUUGGGCAAAAUAUUUGUUCAACCAGUUGUUUGGGGAAGAAGAUGCUGAUCAAGAAGUAUCUCCUGACAGAGCUGACCCUGAAGCUUCCUGGGAACCAAUGGAAGCUGAAGCCAGAGCCAGAGCAUCAAAUGAAGAUGGUGACAUUAAACGUAUUUCCACAAAGGAAUGGGCAAAAUCAACUGGAUAUGAUCCAAUUAAACUUUUUACCAAGCUUUUUAAAGAUGAUAUCAGGUAUUUGUUGACAAUGGACAAAUUAUGGCGAAAAAGGAAACCUCCAGUUCCAUUGGACUGGGCUGAAGUACAGAGUCAAGGGGAAGAAAUCAAUGCAGCAGCAGAUCAACAAAAUGAACCCCAGUUAGGUCUGAAAGACCAGCAGGUUCUGGAUGUAAAGAGUUAUGCCCGUCUUUUUUCAAAGAGCAUUGAGACUUUGAGAGUUCAUUUAGCAGAAAAAGGGGAUGGAGCUGAGCUCAUAUGGGACAAGGAUGACCCAUCUGCAAUGGAUUUUGUCACCUCUGCUGCAAACCUCAGGAUGCAUAUUUUCAGUAUGAAUAUGAAGAGCAGAUUUGAUAUAAAAUCAAUGGCAGGGAACAUUAUUCCUGCUAUCGCUACUACUAAUGCAGUGAUUGCUGGGUUAAUAGUAUUGGAAGGAUUGAAGAUUUUAUCAGGAAAAAUAGACCAGUGUAGAACAAUUUUUUUGAAUAAACAACCAAACCCAAGAAAGAAGCUCCUUGUGCCUUGUGCACUGGAUCCUCCCAACCCCAAUUGUUACGUAUGUGCCAGCAAGCCAGAGGUGACUGUGCGACUGAAUGUCCAUAAAGUAACUGUUCUCACAUUACAAGAUAAGAUUGUGAAAGAAAAAUUUGCUAUGGUAGCACCAGAUGUCCAAAUUGAAGAUGGGAAAGGAACAAUCCUGAUAUCUUCAGAAGAGGGAGAGACAGAAGCUAAUAAUUACAAGAAGUUGUCAGAAUUUGGGAUUAGAAAUGGGAGCCGGCUUCAAGCAGACGACUUCCUUCAGGACUACACUUUAUUGAUCAACAUCCUUCAUAGUGAAGACCUGGGGAAGGAUGUUGAAUUUGAAGUUGUUGGUGAUGCCCCAGAAAAAGUGGGGCCCAAACAAGCUGAAGGUGCUGCCAAAAGCAUAACUAAUGGCAGUGAUGAUGGAGCUCAGCCCUCCACGUCCACAGCACAAGAGCAAGAUGAUGUGCUCAUAGUUGAUUCAGAUGAAGAAGGCCCUUCAAAUAAUGCUGAUGACAUAAGUGAAGAAGAGAGAAGUCGCAAGAGGAAAUUGGAUGAGAAAGAGAGUAUCAGUACAAAGAGGUCACGCACAGAACAGACAAAAGAGCUUGAUGAUGUUAUAGCAUUAGAUUGAACAGCAAUGCCUCUAACAGAACCCUCUUAUUGCAUUAGGUCACCUGGGCAGAUCCAGGUUGCUAUGUCCUUUGUUCCAAAGGUAAAAGGUUGACACCAGUGACUUGAAGAUGAUUCUGCCGCGUUUAAAAGCAUUCAUUUUGCUAGAACUGUUAGACACAUUGCAGUAUGCUGUUUGGAAAGUAGGAAUAUAGUUCUAAAACCCUUUGAACAAAGCAUUUAUGUAACCAGUCAUGAGAUGAAACAACAGAAUGCAUGUUGCCUUUUCAAUGUAAAUACCCUUAGAUAUCAUUUAAUAGUUUAAAAUAUUGUGGUUUAGUAAAGUUGAUACCUGGUUAUAAAUAUUAUGCCUUUAUUUUUGGUUAGAAAAAGAAUUAUUUUUAGCCUAGAUCUAACCAUUUUCAUACUCUUAAACAGAUUCAAAAAGUAUCAAGUGCUAUGCAUUGAAACUUGUUUUUAAAUAUUAAUUGGCACUAUGUAUAUUGAUGUAAAACAAUGUUACUUUACUCAAGUUAUCAGCUUGUACUGCCUGGUAUGUCUGUGUAAGAAGCCAAUUUUUGUGUAUUGUUACAGUUUCAGGUUAUUUAUAUUUGAUGUUUUGUAAAACUCAAAUACAACUAUGCUGUACUAUGGACCAAAUAAAUGGCCUCUGCAUACUUGUUACACAUGCCUGCACAGUUCACAUGUCUGCUGCCUUGUUGGGUUUAUCCAUUGUGUUUACUGCAGGCAUGCAAAAUUUUUUCCUUUUAAAGAGAUAACUUGUAAUGGAUGUGAUGGUUAAAAGAUCUUCACUGUUUGCCACAGAUGCAUACUUUCUCAAAUAAAGCUUUUAAUGGCGA